AUGACCGAAAAGAAAUCGGCGACUGUGAAUAAUUCUAUUACUCAAUCUAAACCAAUUGCAGUGAAACAGGAAGCACCAAUUCUAAUUUGGUAUAAUAAAAAUAAUGAUGAAAAAAAAUCAAGAAGUUCAUCUGCUACAGAUAUACUUUCUCGUACUCAUUCAUUAAAACAAAUUGAUACAAUUUUUAUUCAUUGUCAAUCAUCACGAGAACAACAAAGAUGUCAAUAUCUUCUUGAACAUUAUUCAAAAAUAUUUGAUUUAUUCUUAGAUCGACAACUCUUACUUGAUACUAUUCAAGAAAAUGUUAUUCUCUAUCAACAUCAAUCAGGCAAUGAAUAUCUUCGUUCAGCUGAACGUUAUAAACAACAAAAUCAGUUAAAUCAUGCACUUAAAUAUACUCAUAAAGCAUUGGAUAUUUAUCGAAAAACACUUCCCAAUCAAAAUCAUCCAUUAAUCGCUAGAUGUUUAAAUAAUCUUGGUACAAUUUAUGAUGCACAAGGAGAUGUUAAUCGAUCAUUUGAAUAUUAUGAACAAGCUGUUAAAAUGUAUAGAAAUAUAUCGCCGGCUUUAUCAAAACAAUCAGUGCCAAAUUUAUUAAAAAAAUAA